AUGUCCUCCCACGACAACACCUUCAACGAACGCCUCGCCACCCUCUCCAUCUCCCCACCAGGUUUCCACCUCCGCCCUCCCCCUCCACCCCCCUCCUUCUCCUCCUUCCUCACCCCCGACUCCUCCCUCUUCCAAACAAUCCACCUAGGUCCACCCAUCAUCGACCCCGCCACCUACCGCCUCGUCAUAACCGGCCUCGUCUCCACACCCUACACCCUUACCCUCCCCCAACUCCUCGCCCUCCCCUCCAAGACUAUCACCGCCUUCCACGAAUGCUACGGAAGUCCGCUCGUGCCACCUACAACCCGUACCAACCGCGUGGGAAACGUGACUUGGACUGGCGUGCCCUUAUGCCAUCUACUAGACAUGGCUGGCCCACUUCUCCCUGGCGCGGGAUUUAUCUGGUCGGAUGGUCUUGACUCUGGAACUUUUGCGGGGGUUACCACCGAUCGGUAUAGGAAAGACGUUACCCUCUUGAAAGCCUUGUCCGGCGAAGUAAUUGUCGCCUACGAAAUAAAUGGUCUUCCGCUAGAGAGGUUGAGAGGCGGACCGGUGAGACUGGUUAUUCCGGGAUCGAUCAACACCUCCAUCGAUCGUCAUCGCAAAAAGUCCACUCUGCAGCUAAGUCCAGCCACCAAAACCCCUCUUCGAAUUUUGAAUGUAUAUAUGUGCUUUGUACAUCAUCCUCACAACAUGUGCAUUUCGAAUCCCGUCCAAUCCCGUCCAAUCCCAAUCAAAUUCCAUCCCACCCAUCGACUCCGGCAAUUUUUCUCAUAUAUUCGCCCAAGUCGUCACUGCAACAUUGCCCUUUCAAGAUUCGGCUUCGCCACACAUGAUUCUCAUGCAACCCGCAACAUAUCGAUCGCCAUGUUACCGUAG